AUGAUACAACUGGAUAAUCUCAGACCCGUCCAUAAUGCACAAGGAUUAGGACAUUACGAUCCUCCCCAUACACAUACAUCAAAUACGUCACCGCUAGCCAUAACACAUACCAGUCGCCCCAACUUACCCACCGGCGAUAUACAACAUAAUGGCUUAAUUCAUUGGAAUCACGCCCAAACUACAAAUUAUGAUAAACAAGCCACAACUUAUGACCAACAAUCAACUGAAAAAUCAGAUGACGACGAAGAUGAAGAUGAUGAAUACCGACCCUUCACCCCACCACCACCGAGAGAAAGACUAAGUUACACCAGGUACCAGCUAGAAUUACUCAGUGGAAUAUAUGAAAAAGUUCGCUACCCAAACAGCACCCAGAAACAACUGAUUGCAAAACGUGUUGGAAUCACCAGGGAACAAGUUAAGAUUUGGUUCCAGAACAGGAGACGGAAAGAUGUUAUCAAUAACCCUAAAUCAAAGGACAAAGAUGAUUCAUCCAAUCCACCUACGAGUCCCCCACAAAACGAAACCAGUUCUAAAUGUGAUUCGAGCGACAAAAGCUCCUCCUCUCCAACGUCAAGCGAAGUUGAUGGUCCAAAAAUGGUACCCAAUGUUGUUCUUAAAAGUGUAAUCAAUGAACUUGAGAGGUUUGAAAAGACAGUUUUGAAAUCAAAAAAGACCAAAAAGAAAUCUAAGCAAAAGCAGCAAAAAAUUCAGCAGCAACAGCAACUUCAGCAAAAGAUGGCUGCAAUCGCAGCCGCAGCAGCCACAGCAGCCACAGCAGCCGCAACAGCCGCAUCGACAUCUUCCGUCCAACAAGUACCAGCAUCAAGCAGAGUUAAAGGUGUAUCUCUGUUCAAUGCUUACGAUAUGAUCUCACCACCAAACAAAGUGAUAACGCCAGGUUUUCUGGACACAACAGUGAACCGAUUCAGUCAUUCCAAAUCGUCCUCAGCUUUCCAAGAUCCGAAAUCUUCCUCGGACCAAAACACAUCACCAACGCUGGUUCAGGGUUAUCAACAGCUUCCAAACCCCAUCUCUGUCUUACCAAACGAAUAUUCAUCGCACAAUUCUACAGUGAUGACACCGCAUCUCAACAACCAACCAAAAGGACACUCGGUGUUUGAAAAUAUCCCAGUCUUGGCUGACUUACUUGGGUACAGACCAGGUGAUAAAACACCCAAACAACCAAUGGGACAUACAUUUAGCCCGCAUCAUCCAUUUACCUCUCCGCGAAAUAAUUCUGAUCGUUGCUACAGUGAUAUACCAGGUAGCGUCAAUCAUGGAUCGUUAGGCGUGAACCGCGUAUUCCCAUUUCCGUUUAUAGCAGAUGCUCCAGUUAUGUUAUCGUCUGUUCGACAUCCCGAUCCAUAUCGCCCACCAGUUCAUUACCUGCAUCACCAACAUACAGAAGAUCCUUACCAACCGUUCAUGAUAUCUUCCUUCAGUAAUCCAUACUAUUCCACAUCCGCGGCACCAUCACAAACAUGGCCGCCACAACAAACGCCAUCUAGUGACAAUUCUUAUACAGCAGGUGCUCCCGUUUUAUGA